AUGCCGCCAACGGAGUCGAAGCGCGAGAAAGCGAGGGAGGUCGUCGAUAUACUCGAAGAGAUAUCGAUCUUACUGAACACUCAAUUGGACAGAACACAGUUGUCUCUAUGUGUCUCACUCAUUGAGAAUGGUGUCAACCCUGAAGCUUUGGCUACAGCCAUUAAAGAACUACGCAAGGACACCCAAGAUCUGCAGCAUGGCUCGGGGAUGUCUCAAUGA